AAUACGUCCAGAUAUUUAAUCGGCACCCGAUAUUUUUGUACAUAAUAAGGAAACGCAGUCCCAAAAUCAGUUUAACGGCUUUUCUGUUCCAGAAGACUGCACGUCACAAGAGAGGUGACAUUUGAAACAGAAUUUCAAUCGUUACUAAAAGUCGCUUGUUGAUUUCAAUUUGAACGUGUCCUGUGACUAAAUCAAUCGAGGUUGUUUUCGUUUAAUUAGCAUCGUUCGGUUGGACUGAUCUGUGCUCUCCUGGAAGUUCUUGUCCAAGUAAUGAUGCCUUUUGCUUAAAGCGCACCGAAAGACAAAGAUAAGCAACGUCUCAGACCAAUAGAACAGGAAAUAUACCCAGUGCGCAGCAGCUUUUCAGAUAUAGUACCGACGGUGGAGACAGAAAAAUAAAUUUUGCAGAGAGAUUUUCAACAUCAAUACUGCCUGAUCAGGAUGAAAGAGAGCCCAAGGAGGCCCUUAAUCCUUAAAAGGAGGAAGCUUGCCCUCUCUAAGAAGGAGGAAGAGGUUGGCAAGGAUGAGCCUGAUGGAGCAAAGCAGAAGUCAGACGCCUGCAGUGGACAGCAGUUCCCUGCCGGAAUCCGGAUCAUGGAUCACCCCUCCUUGCCCAACACACAAGUGGUAGUGAUUCCAAAAACAGCCAAUCUUCAGAGUGUCAUAGGUGCCCUCACUGCCAAAGGGAAGGAAUGUGGUGCACAAGGGCCCAAUAAAUUCAUCCUGCUGAGCAGUGGAGGUGGAAUAGAGGAUGGGCCUGUAUCCUCCAAACAAAGCCGUAUUGUUGCUCCUGAGGGAGAUGGGAUUUCCCCAGUCCCCCUAGGUCCGUGUGGGCAGCUAGAGGUGAUUAAAGAGCAUCAGGGGGAUGAGAAAAAUCAGUCCACAUCAAUCAUGCCUCUAACAGAAAUAAAACCUAUGAAUAAGGAAUCAGACUGCUCCCCGCUUGAUGAAAGCCUCACUAAUAUCCAUUGGCUGGGUGGAAUGAGUAGUGAUGGCUUACCACCUUGUGAUGUUAAUGAACAGUCAAGCAAGGAGAAUCAAGAUUCACAAAUGUCCCAGGCAGUGAAAGAGAGUAAGGAGGAACAUUCUCCUGUUAAGGACCCCUUCUUUGAGCGACCUCCUUACUCUUACAUGGCUAUGAUCCAGUUUGCGAUUAACAGCACAAAAAGCAAGCAGAUGACCCUGAAAGAAAUUUACACAUGGAUUGAGGUCCAUUUUCCUUAUUUCAGAUAUGUCGCCAAGCCAGGCUGGAAGAAUUCUAUCCGCCACAAUCUUUCUCUUCAUGACAUGUUCACACGAGAGACUUCUCCAGAUGGCAGAAUCUCCUACUGGACCAUCCGACCAGAGGCAAAUCGCUGCCUAACCUUGGAACAGGUGUAUAAGCCAGUGGUGGAGCCAGCUGCACCCUCCCCAGUACAGACUGUGCAAGUCUGUGAGGAACAAAAUCAGAGGCCUGUUGUAGCUGAGCCUAAAAAGGUCCAAGCCCCCAAACCUUCCAAAGCCCCUAGUGGUUCAGAGAGAAAGAUGAAGCCUCUUUUACCUCGCACAGACUCCUACCUAGUACCAAUUCAACUUCCACUCACCUCGCCACUCAUCCUGCCUGCAACUCCACAGCUUCCCCUUUCACUUCCCAUGGAGAAUAGCAGCUCCACAUCUGUCAACAGAAGUGGCAAGAAGGUUCGCAUUGCUCCCAAGGCCCCUGAUCUUUCCAGUGUCCCUGUUUUCACACUUCCCCAGGUGGAGCCAAGAAAGGACAAAGAGCUCUGCAUUAGUGACACUCAGACCCCAGAGGCCCAGUUGGACUGCCCACCCAGAGAGAGAAAGGAGACCAGUAGCUCCAGGAGAAAGCAGCGUCUAGUAUUGCCUGGUUCAGAGGAACCUGUCAUCCUCUUUCCAGAGACCAGCUUCUUUGACUCUGGGCUGGCCUCAGACCUUUCCACCUUCCAUGAAUCUCAAGAGCCUGACCUGGACAGCCCUGUGAAGAAGUACACCUUCAAAACACCAAUCAAAGGUGGUCUGCCUGCCUCUUCCACUCCCAGCAAGACUGUCGUUGGAGAGCCACUGACCACUCAGGAACCUUGGAGAACAACGCCACUCAAUAAAGGAAGCCAUGGCGUACUGGACUUCAGCCCCAUCCACACCCCUCGUGGAGUCACCCUCACCCCCCAGCAGGAGGACCAGACCCACUUCAGCUUCAACAGUACUCCAUUCAAGGAGCUGCCUCUCUUCAACUCCCCACGAGAGCUACUGAACACUCUCUCGCCUGUGUCUCUGGCCCAGCCUCACUCCAGCUCCCCUGUCCCUGAGAGUGGCAAACUGAGGCGGUGUUCCCGGGAGCUGCAAGUGGAGACCCUAGGUACCAACCGCUCCCUCACAGAGGGUUUGGUUCUGGACACCAUGAACGACAGUCUCAGUAAGAUUCUAGUGGACAUCAGCUUUACUGGGCUGGAGGAAGAAGAUUUUGGCAUGGGGAACAUUAGCUGGUCUCAGCUGAUCCCUGAGCUGAAGUAACUUCCACUUUAAAUAAGCAUCGUCAACGGAAAGCUUUCCAAUAAUUUGAUUUAAGAUUGUGAAAACAAGGAACUGUGCCUGUAGAUUGCAUUUUAUUGUUAAGGCGUUGCUCAAAAUCUUCCUCUCUUAUGGAAUUUUGCCUUCAUUUGAUCCUUUUGCCCUUUCUGUAUGACUGAUAUUUUGUCUGAUGAGCUUUGCAAGGCUGCUUUCCAGUUCACUGGGAACUUACUUCUAUGCCAUUGUCUUCAAAUAUCAGCUCACAAUUUUACGUGGAUUUCUCCAUGUUCUCCAUGAUGGAUAUGACAAGUCAGUAAAACAAGCCACUUUCUGUAUUUAUCAUUUGUGAUUAAUGAAUGUACAUAGAAUCUUUUAGCUUUGAUUUGCACACUGUACAUUUUUAUUUAGAUAUUCAAUUGUAAAUUAAAAUAUUACCUUAUCUUCCA